AUGAGAGCUGAUCUUGUUGACUAUGCCCUCGUAUCGUGGUCACUUAAAGAACGACUCGAUGAGGCACUAUCAGGAGCUAAAAGAACGAAGCGAGCAACGGCCGCAGUGCAGAUCGACCUGAUCACAGACGUACGAGCAGCGUUUCAAGCGGUUAGAAACUUACUUAGUAAUUCCGCAAAGCUGGCGUACUCACACCUAUUCCAACAGCUUGACCUGCUCUCCGACGCAUCGGAUCGAGGUUGUGGACUCGGGGUCUUGCAAGUAACCAUUGGAAGCCCGAUUCAGAACCACGAGAUCCUGCUUUGUAUGAGAGAGAGUUUCACGACAUCAUCGUUCAAAUAG